CGGGUGCACAAUCACCAGUGAAGAGUCUUGCAGUUAAUAUAGCAAGUCCAUAACCACCACUUGUGCACUCACAAAGUUUUUUGGAAUUGUCCUUAGAACCAGCAAUGCUGUUAACCAGUCCCUUGCUGAAUUAUUAACACACGUGCAAACACUAUCAGUCCCUACUUCUCCAUAUACUAUGACCAACAGAAACGUGUGCAGUGAAUUGGAACUUACAAGUUACUUAAUUUGAUGAACUGCUGUCAAUUAAAAUUUUAUAACAUAAGAAUACAAUGACAAGAAAACAUAAACAGCCUACUUACAACCUGUGGCUAGGGAAGGAUGUCAUGCAGUUGUGAUUGACAUGUAAUGGGCGAUAUUUACCCGCUACUGCUGAGCACAGAUCACCUAUGCCUAAUACAUGAAUUUACGGUGCUGUGUAAGGGCAAAUGGCUGUUCAGUGAUGCCUUGUUUCAGAAACGUUCACAAUGGCAGCCGCCAAGGAGGUGCAAGAGGCUGCUGCUACGGGUGCUGGGGAAGGGGCCACGGUGACGCUGGUGGCCGGUGACACGCGGCUGGUGGCGCACAGGGCCGUCCUGGCAGGCAGGAGCCCCGUGUUCGCCGCCAUGCUCUGCCAGGACACGCCGGAGGCCAGCAGCAGUGUGGUCGCAGUCCCCGACGUGGAGGGCCCGGUGCUGCACCAGCUGCUCGCCUACAUGUACUCCCCCCGUGCUCCCGAGGUGCCCCGCAUGGCCCCACAACUCCUGGCAGCUGCCGACAGGUACGGCGUGUGGGGGCUGAAGGUCCAGUGUGAGGAGCAGCUGGCCAGUCAGCUGUCAGCAGAGAACGCGGCGCGCACGGCGGUGCUGGCUGUGAGGCACUCCUGUCCCAGCCUCGCAGAGGUCGCUGUCGCCUUCAUAAAAGCCAACUCGCUGGUGUUUGCCACAGCGGGUUGGGCCGAUGCUAUCCUCAACCACCCUGAUGAGGUGGUCAAAGUGAGUCAGUUGCUCGGUGGGCCACUAAAAGAAACCAGGAGCCUUCCUGGAAAGAAGAUUAGCCGAGGACUGAUCCAGGCAGCUAAGGAGGGGGCGGUGGAGGAGCUCAGGGUGCUUCUUGCGACAGGGGCGAAAGUGGGGGCGAGGGACGAGGACAUGUGGACUGCUCUGCACUGGGCAGCUGAGAGGGGACACCUGGAAGCAGUAACAUGUCUGUUGGAAGGUGGAGCAGAGGUGGAUGUCGGGGACAGCAGGCAGACCACGCCACUGCACUGGGCUGCAUACCGCGGUCACGUGGCUGUGACACGGCUAUUGCUGGACUCCUCUGCUGACCCCGAUGCCAGGGAUAAGUAUGGGUGGACGCCGCUGCACUGUGCAGCAAGAUGCGGCCACACAAAGGUGGCGGCUGUGCUGCUCAAUGCAGGGGCUGACACUGGGGCCAGGGACGCACACGGGCACGAACCCUGGGUCAUCGCCAGGCAAAACGGCAAGCAGCAGCUCGUGGAGAUGCUAUCGUGAAGGAUUCAGUUCAACAAACAUCUCUGCAAUAAUGCUGAAAUGACUCUCUGCAUCUGUCUGUGAUAUUGUUCUAAAUA